UUACAAUCGUUCAUAAAAAUUACUUAAAUAAAAAAAAUACAUAAAAAUCAUAACCCGUUAGGUCGAUUUGAACCUGAUAACAUUGAAUCAUGUUUGAACAUGUAACUCUCAAUUCGCACCCGAAAUAAUCUGAAUCCAAGGUGAUGAAUCCAACCCCGAUCCAAGAGACCCGUUUUGCCAACUCUACAAAGAAGUCUAGAGUCAAACUUAGAAUACCCCAGACAUGAUUCAUAUCAAUAAUUUACUUGUUUAAAAUAUAUUAAACGAUAUGCAACCUUUUGGAGGAGUAAUUGAAUGAGAAGGGACGGACGGUGUCCCACUGUUUGUAUGAGUAUGUCUACAUAGCUUUUUAUCCCCAGAUCAACUCACUCAUCUUCGUCGACAUCAUCUUCUAGAGAGAGAGAGAGCAAAUUUAUGGGUAGAAAGAGAAAUAAAUAAAAAGGGGUUGGGUGGGUGGGUGGGUGGUUUCGUGAAGGAGGAGGAGCUGUGAUAUCUCCUUUUCGCGUUGAAUUAUCUUUUCGCUUUACUCUGAUUCACAUAUAGUGUGAUAUACAUACGAAAAGUCGAAACACGGAUCGUCCUCUCCAACUUUCUGUUUAGAAAGACAAAAAUUGAAUAGUUUUCUUUUGGCGAGAUUUGCUUCUCUGCCUUUUGUGUGUCUGUGUGCUUGUUUGAUAAAUUUGGUGUUUGGGAUUUCAAUCUCGCGGUGAGAUGCGGUCUGGGUUGAGUACGAUUUUGCAGACCUUAACCCCUGAGGCGGCCACCGUGCUGAACCAUUCGAUUGGGGAGGCGACCAGGCGGAACCACGGCCAGACCACUCCUCUGCACGUGGCGGCGACGCUUCUUGCGUCCCCCACUGGGUUUCUCCGGCAGGCCUGCAUCCGUUCCCACCCCAAUUCCUCUCAUCCGCUACAGUGCCGUGCACUCGAGCUCUGCUUCAGCGUCGCCCUCGAGAGGCUCCCAGCUGCCCAGAACAUGCCCCCUGGGAUGGAACCCCCCAUAUCAAACGCCUUGAAUGCAGCUCUGAAACGGGCCCAGGCGAAUCAGAGGCGGGGAUGUCCGGAGCAGCAGCAGCAGCCACUCCUGGCCGUGAAAGUUGAACUGGAGCAACUGAUAAUAUCGAUUCUCGAUGACCCGGGCGUCAGCCGAGUGAUGAGGGAGGCGAGCUUCUCCAGCCCUGCAGUGAAGGCCACAAUUGAGCAAACGCUGAAUUCGAGCUCAAAUCACACCAAUCACCUUGGUGCCCCUUUGAGUUUGGGUGGAAUCGGCCCUCGUAUGCUCUUGAAUCCUGCCUCAGUGUUGACUGCAUCUGCGGCGGCGCCCCCAAAUGUUUCCCUCUCCAAUCUGAACAUGUAUCUGAAUCCGCGGCUGCAGCAGGGAGGAUCUGGCCAGUUGGGGAAUCCCAGGAAUGAUGAACUGAGGAAGGUGCUUGAAGUUCUGAUGCGGAGCAAGAAAAGGAACCCAAUUUUAGUUGGUGAGGGAGAGCCAGAGGCCGUGGUGAAGGAAUUAUUCAAGAGGAUCGAGCAAAGGGAUCUAGGCACUGCAGGGGAAGGUCCCCUAAAGAAUCUCCAAGUGAUUCCAAUUGACAGGGAUUUAUUAUCCAACACGAACGAGAUUCCUACGAAGAUCACUGAAAUGGGAUGCCGAAUUCGGAAUAUGAUUGGGAAUGGUGGGGUGAUUCUUGAUCUGGGCGAUUUGAAGUGGAUGGUUGAACCGUCCGCCCAGCAGCAACCGCUGGUAUCAGAUGCCAGUCGCACGGCCGUGGUGGAGAUUGGGAAGCUGCUGGCCAAUUUUGGGGAAACUUCUGGUGGGGGCCAUGGUAGGGUGUGGGUCAUAGGCACAGCUACUUGUGAGACUUAUUUGAGGUGUCAGGUUCAUCAUUCUACCUUGGAAAACGACUGGGAUCUGCAGGCAGUUCCUAUGGCUUCAAAGUCAGCUAAUCCAGCCUUUUCUUCAUGUCUUGGAAAGGAAAGAUUGUUGAGCAACCCGUGUGAAUCCCUAAAUCCAUUAAGAUCAUUGCCUGUUGCUGGGACACCCCCUCUACUCAGAGCCCUAUCCGAGAACGUCAAUGUUGAUCGGAGGACACCGUCCUGCCCUCAGUGUAUGGAGAAGUACAACCAAGACCUGGCAAAACUGGUAUCCGAGUUUGAGAAUUCGCCUUCUGGUGCGAUUACGAAUUCAGCCCAGCAAGCCUUGCCCCAGUGGAUGCAAGACGCAAAACUAAUUAAUGGUGAUAAAGGAACGUCUCUGUCGAAGAUUAAGGGCCAAGAACUUUUGAAGCUAAAGACUCGAGCCUUGCAGAAAAAGUGGAGUGAAAAGUGUUUGCAACUUCAUCCAAAUUUCCACCACAGUAAUGUCAGUUCUGAGAAGAAGACAGUCUCUCCUGCUUUGGGUAUGCCAGGCUUAGAGAACUUAAACUUAUUUCUGCGCCAACCUUUGCAACCUAAACUACAAACAUUAAAAAACCCGGGGGAGAAUUUCCAUCCUAAACUGCAAACCACUAAAGUCCUUGGGAAGACUUUGCAACUGAACACGCAUCAAAUAUCUAGCAGAGGACCAGAGCUUGCAGAUACCCCUCUGGAAAGCCCUGUGAGAACCGAAUUGGUUCUUGGGCAAAAAACGACAGAAAUCACAUCCCGGAAAUCUCAAGAAGACAAUGUUAAAGACUUCCUAGGCUGCAUCUCUUCCGUGCCGCAUAAAAAGCUUGACAAAUUUGCCAGUGUGUUGGAUGCCGACACGUACAAAAAGCUCCUCAGGGGUCUCAUAGCGAAGGCGUGGUGGCAGCAGGAUGCGGCAUCUGCCGUGGCUUCUGCUGUUACAAGAUGUAGAUUGGGCAAUGGAAGACAGCGUUUCGGUGCAUCAAAGGGUGAUAUAUGGUUAUUAUUUACAGGCCCUGAUAGGGUUGGCAAGAGGAAAAUGGCAUCAGUUCUUGCCCAACAAGUAUGUGGGGCUGCUCCAAUUUUGAUAUCUCUUGGCUCAAUCCGCGACGGUGAAGAAACAGAAAAGGAUUACCGUGGUAAAACAGCUAUUGACCGCAUUGCAGAAGCGGUUAGAAAGAACCCGUUUUCUGUCAUUAUGCUGGAGGAUGUCGAUGAGGCUAAUAUGGUUGUGCAGGGGAAUAUAAAGCGUGCGAUGGAAAGAGGCAGGCUUGCCGAUUCUCAUGGACGCGAAAUUAGUCUCGGCAACAUUGUGUUCAUUCUUGCAGGAAACUGGUCUUCAGUAAACCCUGAAAAUCACAGAAAUGAGAACUUGAUGGAUAGUAAUAAGCUCUCUUCUCUCUGUAGUGGCAAUUGGCAGUUGAGGCUAACAAUAGGUGAGAAGAGCACGAAGCGCAGGUUGGUUGAUGAUGAUGAAGAGGACAGGCGAACAAAACUGAGAAGAGAACUGAGCUCAGGCCUCACCUUUGACCUCAACGAAGCAGCAGCAGCAGAAGGUGAUGACGGAACGGAUGGGUCCCACAAUUCGAGCGAUCUCACUAUUGACCACGAACAAGAAGAAGAAGAAGAGCCCGACCAUGAAAACAUGCAGUUCUCAAUCACAUCUGUUCCUCAGGAGUUUGUGAAUGCCGCAGACGAUUCAAUUGCUUUCAGGCCAAUCGACUUUGCCUUUGUUCGCCGCGAGAUCAGGAAGACAAUCUCCAACAAGUUCUCCAUCCAUGUUGAAGACGACAAGGUCGCCUUAAGAGUGGAAGAUGAUGUGGUGGACAGGAUUGCUGCUGGACUGUGGCGUGGACAAACCAGCCUGGAGGAGUGGGUCCAGAACGUCUUGGCUCCCAGCUUUGGCAAGCUCGAGUCUCUCUUCUCUUCUCCCCAUGAGAACAGCAACACCAUUGUACGGCUUCAACUCGAACCAGACACAGAUUUGAGUAGCGGCAAGAAUGGAGGAGAUUGGCUACCCAGCAAAGUCACGGUAAUUUCGAGUUGACUGUAAACCAAACGCUGGGACAUAGGACAAUUCUUGUUUCAGCUUAUCAUAUCUUUUGAGAGCGCAGAUGUAAAUAUAGUAAACUUCUGGGGAGGUUAGGGGGGAAAUUAAAGAGAAACGUAAUAGGAAAACACGUACGGUGUUAGAGAAAGUGGAUGUUGAUAGAUCAACAACAUUAUCUUGGACGG